UUGGUUUUCAUGCAACACAAUCUUAACGUCAUCAGGAGUGACAGGAACUGUGCACAGUGUUUACAUGUAGCACUUAUUAUGUGAAAAGAAGCUCCAGUUGAUUCAAGGCAGGUACAUACACAUGUCCUGAGAUGGGGAAUGCUGAAAGUGUCGUGGUGCAGAAACGGCUGGCCCGGUUUCGACCCGACGAACGACCCGUGGUGGAGGGGGUGUUCGAGCGGCUCCAGUCGGGUUCUGCUGGUGCAGCUGGGAAAGAUGGCAAGGCCCUAACUGUCGACAUGGUGAAAGCAAGCAUGGGGAGCGUGGCAUCAGAUUCCAUGAUAAUGAGAGUCUAUGCAUGCAUGGCCAGCAUCGAUGCGGGGGUACCGAUGGUUCCCGGUGGGGGGGUAAGUCGAGAGCAGCUGGUGAUCUUCCUGGCAGACACCCUCCGUGGUACCGCAGAGGAGAGAGCACCCCUCGUCAUGGCAAUGGCACAGCGAAGCGGGAAAGGGGAUGUGGCUACUGUUGACCAGAUAAAACAGUUCCUGGAGGACCUGAUCUCAGCUGUAGUGCAGACUCUGGCCCACAGGGGGCGCCUGCGAGGCUGGAAGCCAGAGCACAUGGGAGAUGGUGCCAGAGGGGUGAAGCUCCUGGCUGAACAGCUGAGUUCAGAGAUCAAAGUGUCAGACCAGCAGACAUGUGAUACCCCUUGUCUGGAGGACUGGAUCUUUCGCAUCUCCUCUGUGGCUGUCUACCUGGAGCUACUGGUGAGUGAGGGGCUGUUGGUGACGCUGCCCUCCAGGCCGCCCCCCACCCUGCUCCCCUUGUGCCGCGAGGCCUCCUGGGGGAAGGCGGCGAGCCUGCUGGACCUGCCCCUGCUGCUCUUCCUGGCGCCCCUGCUGCCGGCUGGCCACAGCACCCCCUGGAGGCUGCUCUUCUCCACGCACCUGCACGGCGAGAGCUUCACCCGGAUGAUGAGCGGCCUCAAGGGUCACGGCCCCACCGUACUGCUGCUGCGCGACACCAAAGGCCACGUGUUCGGCGGCUUCGCCUCCCACAGCUGGGAGAUCAGGCCCCAGUUUCAGGGAGACUCCAGAUGCUUCCUCUUCUCCGUGUUCCCCUGCAUGCGUGUGUACACCGGCACUGGCUACAACCAGCAUUACAUGUAUCUGAACCAGGGACAACAGACCAUGCCCAACGGACUGGGCAUGGGAGGGCAGCAUGGCUACUUUGGGCUGUGGCUGGACAGUGAGUUUGGUCGUGGCCACAGCCGCGCUCGGCCGAAGUGUACCACAUAUGGUAGUCCCCAGCUCUCAGCCGAGGAGGACUUCAGCCUGGACGCUCUGGAGGUGUGGGCCGUCAGUGAGCCCCCAGAACAGGAACAGGACGAGAACAAGAGGAGUAUUUUAGAUGCAGACCCAGAAGUCCAGGCCAUGAUGGAGAUGGCCGGGAAGACGUUACACAGCCAGGGCCUGAGAGAGCCAGAGGAGGACGAGCAGUAGUGGUGGA